AAAACUCGAAUUUUGUGUCGGUGCGAACAUAUUAUAAGCUUCUAAACAUUAGCAAUGUGCAGUAUCCAUUGGCAAUAUUGCUAGCAAUACAGAUUUUAAGCAAUGUUAAAUUGCCUGUCGAGAUAUUUCGUAAUCAUUUAGACCACUAUUAUAAAUAAAAAGAAGUAUAAUGUACGGGCAAUGGUCACCUUUAUAUUCGAGAACGUCCAUUUUGUUUUCGAGGAAACUCUCACAGGAGAGGAUCGUAUCCAGCCAUAUCAAGAAAACAGAUUAUUAUUACCGAUUACGCUAUCCGGGUAGUACGAUCGGUGUACCAGAUAUUAAGACUGAAUUAGAAAUAAAGGAUACUCGGUUGAGUUGUAAGAUGGCAGGACAGGUACUUGCGGCAUGGUCUAGAUUGAUAAAAGUAAGUUAUGGAAAACCGGGAAAGGAAUUCGACGAUCUCCGAUAUUCAUCCAUACCAUCAGAUCGCGGCGCAAAAGAAAUUGUGGCUGUUACAUUUCUUCAGUAUUUUUUUUUCACAAGUAAAUGAUCAACUCGCUAAUCUGGUAAUUACAGCUAAGUGAUCUAGAUUCUGCAGAAUUUUACCGCCACAACAACGACAAACACUAAGUGGCUUGAAAAAUAUGUGCAAAGUGCUUUAUAUAUAAUUGUAAAUA